GGUAGCUGGAAGUAGUUGCAGUUCGCUUCAGUUUGAUCCUGGGAGCGUUGGUGUCGCAUUUAGUGCGAAAGUUGAGUUGAGCGAGAUUGAGUGUCCGCUCUCCCCACCAACAAAUAUUGAGUUUCCAGUUGGCCCCUCGUGGCUCUACACAAAAACACCCAGAGAUCAUCCACACACUAAGAUGGCGACGUGAUUGUGACUUGAUGAAAUGGCUUUCAUUAUCCGCCUUAGCUCUAACACUGAACCAAUUAGUUUUUUUAAUAGUCCGAUAGUAGUGAAUGUGUGCGUCCGAGUGUCUUAGAACUACGACCGUCUUGUGGUGAUUUGAAGUAUAAGAACAAUGCGUGAGUUCAAAGUUGUGGUUCUUGGGUCGGGUGGGGUUGGCAAAAGUGCUCUGACGGUACAAUUCGUGUCGGGAUGCUUCAUGGAGAAAUACGACCCGACCAUCGAAGAUUUCUACAGGAAGGAAAUCGAGGUAGACAACUCACCCUGCGUUUUGGAAAUAUUAGACACGGCAGGUACUGAGCAGUUCGCCAGCAUGCGCGACCUCUACAUCAAGAAUGGUCAGGGGUUCGUGGUCGUGUACAGCCUGACGAACAACCAGACCUUCCAGGAUAUCAGGACCAUGAAGGAAUUGAUCACCAGAGUCAAAGGAACAGAGAGGGUACCCAUCCUGCUCGUCGCCAACAAGGUGGACCUGGAGCACCAACGCGAAGUCACCAUCCAGGACGGGAACAGCUUGGCGACACAAUGGAGUUGCCCCUUCAUCGAGGCCAGUGCAAAGGACAAAAUCAACGUAAACGAAGUGUUCGCAGAGAUCGUACGCGAAAUGAACAUUAGUCCUGAGAAGGAGCAGCCCAGCUACUGCUGCUGUACAUUGCUCUAAUAGUAGCUCACUUCUCACACCAUAUUUUUUUAUAUUAUAUAUAAAUAUAUAAUAAUGUAUAAUGGGAACAAUAAUAAUGUGUUUCGGAACUAUGGUCAUGUAUGUCGUACCCACAGCCGCGGUCGGUGCUCCAACAAUAACAACAACAACUACAACAAAACCAACAACAACACCCAAGUACCUCUUUGGUGUCUAUUUCAAUUAAGCGCCUUCGAAGACGAUCAAGAGCUUAAAACAAAACAAAAAAAAACAAAAAAAAAA